UCAGACUGGCCAGCGAAACAACAGAUCCUCGAGCUCGUUGAGCUGGCUGUGCCGCUGUUCAUCUACGCUGCCACCGUGUGUCGGUAUGUUGGCAGCAAAGGAGGCAGUCCUACGGCUUUUCUGAACAAGGUCCUUCAGUAUCAGAAGGCAAGCUUUUCGCAGCUGGAUCGGACCUAUCUCCCUGUUCUCGACCAGCUGCUGAGUGAGCAGGAAGAAGACGAGAAGGAGACGUGGCUUCAGGAUUUCCGAGAAGUCGUUGGCAGCAUUGCUGUUCUCGAAAGCCCACUAUCUGCUGUCUCACUUGCCCGGCUGCUUCAAAUUCCCUACGAGGAGAUUCAAUGCCGACUUGACUCUUUGCACUCUGUUCUUAGUAUUCCCAACCGCGAGGACACUUCUAUUAGACUCUUACACUUAUCUUUUCGCGAGUUUCUCCUCGACCACCAAAAGCAGGGAAAGAGCCUGUUCUGGGUAGAUGAUAAAAGAACACACCGGAAGCUUGCAUCCCGCUGCCUUGAGCUUAUAUCUAGAUCUGGCGGUUUUUGUCAGGAUAUGUGCGGCCUUCCAGGCCCUGGAGUGCUAAGAAGCGAGGUAAAUGAGCAGAUAGUUGCUACUAGGCUGCCACCUGAUCUACAAUAUGCGUGUCGCUAUUGGGUUGACCAUCUCAAGCAGAGUGGGCAAGGCAUCAUUGACGGAGACGCGACGCACCUCUUUCUACAGAAGCAUCUUCUUCAUUGGCUUGAAGCUAUGAGCCUUAUAAGAGAAUCGAGUAGAUGCGUUACUUUGCUUGAUAGUCUUCAGGCGCUUACUAUUCGGUUCGUGCUGCGGUUCCAAUCUGUGCUUAGAAAUGCGCCGUUACAGAUCGAUUGCUCGGCAUUAGUAUUUGCACCAGAGAAGAGCGUGGUACGACAAACAUUUAUAGGCCGAGUGCCAGAAAAGGUCAACAUGCUAUCUAAGAAGGAAGCAGACUGGGACGCGUGUCGCAGCACGCUCGAGGGCCAUUCUGACGAUGUCAGCGCGGUGGCCUUCUCGCCAGACGGGCAGCUAGUCGCAUCAGCAUCUGGCGACAAGACAGUACGGCUGUGGGAGGCGGCGACAGGGACGUGUCGCAGCACGCUAGAUAGCCCUUCUGGAUACAUUUCAUAUAUCAAUUUCUCGUCAGAUAGCCAGGCACUUCAUAUGGACAAAGGCGAUAUUGCUUUGCCUCAAGCCCUAGUUGGCACAUCGUUCUUGAGGUCGAGGCCGCAGUCUUCGUACGUUCUAGUACAGAGCCAGUGGGUACUGUACAACCAACAACGCUUCCUGUGGCUUCCGCCAGAGUAUCGGUCAGACUCCACUGCAGUACACGAGGAAGAAGCUUGUCUAGGGCUUCUAUCCGGCCGCGUAGUUUUAUUUAGGAUCUUCUAA